UCGCUAAAGGUCCCGUCCGCUCCUCCGUGGGCUGCUGUGAUUGGGCAGAGCACCUGUUUCGGAAAGUUUUUCGAAAUACUGUAAAUACACAGGUGGCGGUGGCACGGGUUGUCGUUUAUGUAAAUAAAACAGAAGUGAAACCUUGUCACUCUGCUCAGGCUUCCCAGGCGCAACCAACUCUCCGCAGCACAAUGUUGAGCAGAUAAGAGAGGAAAGUUUGGACUAAAGAAAGAGGUGUCAGCGGCGCAGCCAUGCCUCAGCUCGGCCCCGCCGCCGCGCUGCAGAUCGCGCUCCUGCUCUCCGCCGUGCCCGCGCAGUACUACAUCUCCCGGUGGUGCGGCUCUACGGCGGCGCAGCGCUACCACGCAACCACGCGGUUGCUCCGCAUAUGGAAACAGUGGAGAACGUCAUACCUUAACGCUACUGCGUGGAGUGACUGGACAAACCAGCAGUUGUCCAAAGUUAAGUCUCUGGUUGGGUUGGGACAAGAGGAGGAACAAGUGUCUCCACCAAUAGAAACCAUGAUAUUUGAUAAUGAUCAUGGAUUCUUUGGAGCCUCCAAGGCGGUACGCAGCCCUCGCCCCCCGUUUGUGUUCCUGCGGGUCGGAGAGGUGGUGAUGGAGAGGAAGGGCCACAUGAUCGGGGUGGUGGUGAGCUGGGACGAAGAACUGCGAGCUCCUCAGGAGUGGGUGGACAGAAUGUAUUCGAACUCUGAGGUUGAACACAAAGGCAGAGAAGACGCCACAUUACAAGGUGCUGUUCGGCGGACCUGGACCCUCUUCUCUGAUGGUUGCAUACUUGCCUCAAACACAGCUGGAGCGCAUCACAGGGAUGAGGCCGGACAUUCCCACCCUGGAGAACUACUUCACACAUUUUGACGGGACGCGCUUCGUCAUGCAGGACUGGCUCAGGGAGCUGUUCCCAGAGGACGAGACCGAGGACGCCUGACUGGGACGGUUUUGCUUGGUCUCAGUUUGUCGUGACAUUUCUUCCAGGACAGGUAUUGAACUUAAACACCAACGGGUGUGUAAAUCAGAGACACACACCGAAUCUCUCCUCACUGGGACUCACUUUUGCCUUUUUGGAAUAUGGAGACGAAUACUGGUAUUAGAAGUAACAAAAGUAAGAAAGUCAAAGUAACUUUUUAAAAAAUAUAUAAUUUACAGUAUUUUAGCUUAGAAUGUGCAGAUGAUUUUAAUGAAAGCCACCGGGACUGCCUUGACUUUGGCAAAGACUAUGAAAUUUGAACAUCUGUUCAAGCGUGAAAUAAAGUGUUUUUGACUCUCCAAA